GCUGGUUGGCUUUUGCGGCUGCGCAGCUGCUGGAGCGAUGGCUGAGCUGUGGCUGGUUCUGGCCGCCAGUUUCCUCGCGGCGCUGCUGGCUCUGCGGCUGCCUCGGCUGAAGACACCUCCCGGGCGCCCCUCGCUCAGCCUGGCGGCGGUCUUCCAGGAUCUCCUCCGCUACGGCAAGACCAAGAGCGGCUGCCAGCCGCGCCCGCCCCAGCUGCAGGUCUUCGACGUGCCCAAGAGGUGGUUCUACCACUUCUAUGUUGUGUCGGUGAUCUGGAACGGUUCCGUGCUGCUGUUGCUUCUCCAAAGCCACCUUCUGUCAAGGCCCUUUCCUAUUUGGCUUCAGGACUUCCUCAGCAUUCUUGACGGAGUAUCGCAGGACCAAGAUGGAGGUGAUGAAUCCUUGUCUGUUUUCCUGGUUUGCCUCUUUGUCUGGUUAAACAGCUGUAGACGGCUAAAAGAGUGUCUUCACAUCAGUGUGUUCUCAGGAGGUGUCAUCCAUAUUGUACAGUACUGCUUUGGACUCUGUUACUAUGUUCUGCUGGGCUUAACUUUGUUAUGUCAAGUGCCAACCAAUGUCCGGGAAGGGAAAGAUCACCGACUGACUGUCUGCUGGUACCACGUCCUUGGAGUCCUGAUGUUCAUUUGGGCCUCUGUUCAUCAGCAUAGAUGUCAUGUGAUUCUAGCUAAUCUUAGAAAAAAUAAAUCAGGAAAGGUACUAAAUUUGGACCACAGUAUUCCUUUCGGCGACUGGUUUGAGUUUGUGUCCUGUCCGCAUUACUUUGCCGAACUUCUAAUAUACCUGUCGAUGGCCGUCAUGUUUGGGUUUAACAAUUUAACGUGGUGGCUUGUUGUGACUUAUGUGUUCUUCAGCCAGGCAGUGAGUGCCGUUUUGUGCCAUGAAUAUUACCUGAGCAACUUCAAACAGUAUCCAAAGUGUCGGAAAGCCUAUGUACCCUUUCUUUUUUAGGCUAUUCAUCUUAACUUGGGGGAAUGGAAAUCUUUUUCUAGGUGUCAAGAGGCUGUUAUAAGCAGAAGAUUUGACUAAAACUGAAUUGACGCAGAUCGGUCUGAAAUCCUUUUACCACUUAGUUUUUAGAAUGAACUGCUGUGGUAUAUGGAAACAACUGGUUUAUGAAUACUCAAAAGGAAGUAUCAUUGAGUUCAAAGUGGCUUACUUUCAGGUAUGCCCAUUGAACACAGCAGAACUUACUUCUGAGUAUGCUAAGAUCAUACUGUGAACAAAGAGAUUCUGCGUGUGUCCAUCUCCCCCACCAAAUGCUCAAACCUAAAGCCAUAUUUGUUACAUAUGGCCUUAAUGAGAAGGAAUUAUUUACAUAGUAAGAGUGAAGACGGUACUAUUGAACAUGUAUUUAUUUUUCUGCACUCGUUUUGUGCAGCAUGCAGAACUGAAAGAAACAGCUGCACCUUCAGUCCGAUUCACAUAUUCAUGCACAUCAUUUGAAUAACGAAAUGAUGAAAAAUCAUUUUAAUAGCCGUUGCGUAUGUGAAUGGACUCUUUUGAACCACAUUGCUAAUAGUUACUUGGAACAAUUACCAUGCAUGGGUAAAUUGGCUGUUCUUAUUUCUACACUUGAAAAUUAUACUACUUUUCAUUUUGAAAUCAGAGUUUGAAUAUUUAGAAGCAGAAAUCUCAACUGCAGCUUCUUAUUCUAUAAAGCUUGAAGGCAAGGCACAACCUGGAAAAUUAAAUAACUCUGUUGCUGUCAUUCCUUUAUAAGAAAAUUGUAUGCGAGAACUGCUCCCAGUAGUACAGAGAAUAACAUUGUCGUGUUUCUCACAAACACCUAUGUUUAAAUGGAGACUUUCAUUGUAUGAUAAGCGCAUGGGUGUUCAGAACAAUGCAAAUAUAGAAAAUGUAGUUGCACAUCAUGGUUUCGAUCCAAAACAAAGGAGACCACAGCCAUGUGAUGCAACAGUUUUCGGGGUCAGGCUUCCUGCCCCAAUGCAACUUUGCAAGUUACAGCGCCGGAAGAUCAUUGCAGGCCCAUGGCCAUGCACAGUUAUUUCCUAAGAAUGUAAGGAUUAGAAAUUCUGAAUUUUUUUUAAAAAAAGGAAGCCGGUGGGGGAGAAUAUCUUAUGCUUUCAGCAACCUGUUAAUGCUUGAGAAGCUACAUAACUGCAUUGACAUUUCAUAAAAUAAGCCUUCCCAAUAGCCUCACAUACGUAUUUCCUCCAACCAAACAAAAUAUGGUUCUGGGUAGCUCAGUUCAUGUGCUCUACCUCACUCCAGCUAUACUGUUUGUCUUUUUCAGCUCACAGUGAAGUGGGUCUCCUUGCACAAGGGUCUGGAAACCCCUGGGAAUGGUUUUGAAAAAAGGCUUUUGGAAAUCCAGGUGUCCCAUCAGUGCUGUCCUAAGUACUGUUAAUCUGAACAACAUGUACUCUACCCAUCUCUCUCUCUCUCUCUCUCUCUCUCACACACACACACACACACACACACACACACACUCUGUUGGAAGAUGUGAUGUUGAUUAACCCUGUUAAUGUCUUUCACACCAGGGUAGUUGAACAUACAGUACUACUGUAGUAUCGUCUAUUUUAUUAUUUAUUUUCAUAUGAGUGCAUGGGAGCAAAGGCUUAAAGAUUUUCUUCAUAAUGUAACAAGCCCAAGAAAGCUAGGGAAAGACAUUUGGUUCUCACAGACUUUACUUAGGAUCAAAUUUUGUCUGGUACAGCAAUGACUUACGUUUUCAUAAAACUAUUUAAAAUAGAUGGUGUAUAUUUUAUACUAUUUUAUCCAUCUGUUGUAUGUAGAAUACCCAAUGUAAUAUUUACAUAUUUAAUAAAAACCUGAACCACUGGUCUGCUUUGAAAGAAGCAAAUUAA